AUGAAAACAUUGAACCUUUUGGCACCAAUUUCGCAAUUGUUUAAGCCCCUUCAAAGGCAAAGUUCUUCGCGCGUAAACGCCCUUUUGAUAAAUGUUCCUAGAGUUCAGCUUUCUAAAGGCAAGAACAAGUACCUUUUGAUGAUGAUUCACAUGCACGGUUUAACUAGGUUUGGCAGGACCAUUGUAAGAGGAUCCGCCUCCAAGGACCACGAGGAAAUCUUUGAGGAAAUCCAGAAGGAGAUGGACAAAAUUGGCAUUUGCGCCAAAUGCCUGGGUGGAGGGUUCAUCAGCAACAAGGAGGACAAGAAAGUAAUGAAAAUUUACGGGUGCUGCAAAACUUUUGGGGAGGCGCCGCACGGCAGGACGAAGGACAUACUGCUGUCUUGGACCAAAUUCCAGCAUUACAACAUCAUCUUGCCCAAAAAGAAUUUGAACGCGUAUCAGUGAAGGCGCUUAAAAGCUUGUUUUAUUUUUCUUAACUGCCCUGUUGGCAAUUUAUAAUACAAAAAAAAUAAGUAAAUACAUGGCUACAUA